AUGAUUAUUGGUCAAAUACCAAUGAAAAGCAUUCACAAGUUUACAACAUACACAAUCUUAAUAUCAUCAUUAUCAUCAUUAUCAUCAUCAUCAUCAUCAUCAUCAUCAUCAUCAUCAUCAUCAUCAUCAUCAUCAUCAUCAUCAUCAUCAUCAUCAUCAUCAUCAUCAUCAUCAUCAUCAUCAUCAUCAUCAUCAUCAUCAUCAUCAUCAUCAUCAUCAUCAUCAUCAUCAUCAUCAUCAUCAUCAUCAUCAUCAUCAUCAUCAUCAUCAUCAUCAUCAUCAUCAUCAUCAUCAUCAUCAUCAUCAUCAUCAUCAUCAUCAUCAUCAUCAUCAUCAUCAUCAUCAUCAUCAUCAUCAUCAUCAUCAUCAUCAUCAUCAUCAUCAUCAUCAUCAUCAUCAUCAUCAUCAUCAUCAUCAUCAUCAUCAUCAUCAUCAUCAUCAUCAUCAUCAUCAUCAUCAUCAUCAUCAUCAUCAUCAUCAUCAUCAUCAUCAUCAUCAUCAUCAUCAUCAUCAUCAUCAUCAUCAUCAUCAUCAUCAUCAUCAUCAUCAUCAUCAUCAUCAUCAUCAUCAUCAUCAUCAUCAUCAUCAUCAUCAUCAUCAUCAUCAUCAUCAUCAUCAUCAUCAUCAUCAUCAUCAUCAUCAUCAUCAUCAUCAUCAUCAUCAUCAUCAUCAUCAUCAUCAUCAUCAUCAUCAUCAUCAUCAUCAUCAUCAUCAUCAUCAUCAUCAUCAUCAUCAUCAUCAUCAUCAUCAUCAUCAUCAUCAUCAUCAUCAUCAUCAUCAUCAUCAUCAUCAUCAUCAUCAUCAUCAUCAUCAUCAUCAUCAUCAUCAUCAUCAUCAUCAUCAUCAUCAUCAUCAUCAUCAUCAUCAUCAUCAUCAUCAUCAUCAUCAUCAUCAUCAUCAUCAUCAUCAUCAUCAUCAUCAUCAUCAUCAUCAUCAUCAUCAUCAUCAUCAUCAUCAUCAUCAUCAUCAUCAUCAUCAUCAUCAUCAUCAUCAUUAUCAACAUCAUGA